UGGACUAAACAGCCCUCGCUCGGCCGCCACCGCCUUGCGCAGGCACCGUCCCCCGGGGCUGCUGCCGCCGGGGGUGGAGAGAGGCGGUGGAGGCAGCAGCUCCCUGCCUUAUGCAAGCGGCUCAGGGAGCGGCCGCCCCCGCCUCGCCGGCAGCGCAGCGCGGCCCCGGCAGCCCCGAGCUGGGGGCGGGAGGGCCGGAGGGGGCCGCCCUCUCCCCUGCCCGGCCCUGCCCGCCCUCGCCGCUCCCAGCGGGGCGUGCCGUUCCGCAGGUGCGGGGCUGGUCGCGGCGGGCGGGCGGCGGAGAGAGCGGCCGAGCAGGGGCUGAGGCGGGCGGCUUGCGGCAGCCGGCGGCUGGCUGGGUUCCCCCCGCGCUGCAGUUGCCCGGCGGGGGUGUUGUUGCGGACUGCAGGCGCUCCUGUCUGUAGGAGGAGAGGCAGGGGAAAGCCUCGACCUCUUUGGGGUCUCCUGUCAGGCUCCGCUCCCUGCCAGGCGGCUCCCCAGGUGCCGACUCCGUGCCUCGACCCGUCUGGCUGUGGGGACAUGCGUGUCUGGGACAGCCUUGCUCCAUUCCUAAUGCUGCCCUCCUGGGUUCCAGGCGUUGCCGCCGGGAUUGCCUCCUUGCACCUCAUCCAGAAACUCCUCUUCCCCUACUUCUGGGCUGACCUGAGAUACUUGCUGAAAGUACUGAUGUAUGGGCUGAAAGUGGAGAUCUACAGGCUGCAGGGGAAGAUUGUCACCGUCCUGGAUAAGUUUGUGAAGCUGGCUGAGGAGCAGCCCCACAAGCCGUUCCUCAUCUACGAAGGGAAGGUGCACACCUACCAGGAUGUGGACAGGCGGAGUAACAGGGUAGCCCAGGUCUUCCUUCACCACGGUGCUCUGAAAAAGGGUGACACAGUGGCCUUGCUGAUGGGCAAUGAGCCCGACUUCAUCCAUGUGUGGUUUGGACUCGCCAAGCUGGGCUGCGUGGUGGCUUUCCUCAACUUCAAUGUCCGCUCCAGAUCUCUCCUGCACUGUCUCAGUAGCUGUGAGCCCAAGAUACUGAUUGUGGGAGCAGAUUUGCUUGGGACACUAGAAGAAAUUCUUCCUAAUCUCCAGAAGGACAUUAGUGUUUGGAUAAUGACCAAAGACUCAACUUUUCCAAGUGUGCAUACGCUUUUAGACAAAAUGGAGGCUGUUUCUGAAGACCCUGUUCCGGUUAAUCGACGCUCUGCCAAUAACCUCAAGUCAUCUGUUUUGUAUAUAUUUACUUCAGGAACAACAGGUCUUCCAAAGGCAGCAGUCAUCAGUCACAUGCAGGUUCUUAAAGGAGCUGCUGGACUGUGGGCUUUUGGUGCUACUGCAGAAGACAUCAUUUAUAUCACCCUGCCUCUUUAUCACAGUGCAGCAUCUCUCCUUGGCAUCGGAGGAUGCAUCGAAUUAGGGGCAACCUGUGUCUUAAGAAAGAAGUUCUCAGCUAGUCAGUUCUGGAAUGACUGCAAAAAAUACAAUGUGACUGUCAUCCAAUACAUUGGAGAACUUUGCCGUUACCUUUGCAGCCAACCAGUGAAGGACGGAGAAAAAAAUCAUAAAGUCCGACUGGCAGUUGGAAACGGAGUAAGAAACGAUGUGUGGAGAGAAUUUUUAGACAGAUUUGGUGCCAUUAAGAUCUGUGAGUUUUAUGGUGCUACUGAAGGAAACAUUUGUUUCAUGAACCACACAGGAAAAAUUGGAUCUGUUGGACGCACCAAUUACUUUUAUAAGCUUUUUUUUCCAUUUGAUUUAAUCAAGUAUGAUUUCCAAAAAGAUGAACCAAUUAGAAAUAAGCAUGGUUGGUGUGAGAAAGUUAAUAAAGGUGAGGCUGGUCUUCUCAUUUCCAAAGUGAAUGCAAAGAACCCCUUCUUUGGUUAUGCUGGCAGUAAGAGACAUACAGAAAAGAAAUUACUCAGUGAAGUAUUUAAGAAGGGAGAUCUUUAUUUUAAUACUGGAGAUCUAAUGGUUCAAGACCAUGAGAACUUCCUGUAUUUUUGGGACAGAAUUGGAGAUACCUUCAGAUGGAAAGGGGAGAAUGUUGCAACAACAGAAGUUUCUGAUGUCAUCGUAAUGUUGGACUUCAUACAAGAAGCAAAUGUGUAUGGUGUAUCGGUGCCAGAUCAUGAAGGAAAAGCAGGAAUGGCCUCUCUCAUUUUAAAGCAGAAUAAAUCAUUGGACUUAGAGCAAAUGUAUAAGCAAGUGGUGACCUAUCUACCAAGUUAUGCCCGUCCUCUUUUUUUAAGAGUCCAGAAAACAAUGGAAAUGACUGGAACUUUCAAACAACAAAAAUUUCGAUUAGUGGAUGAAGGUUUUAAUCCAUCUACAGUUACUGAUCCUCUUUAUUUUUUAGACGAUUCUAAGCAAGCAUACGUCUUGUUAACCAAAGAAGUACAUGAGAGGAUCUUAUCUGGGCAAAUGAAACUUUAAUUAACCGUAUAGGCUCAUAGGCUAUUAGGAGACAGUCUGUGUCUUUACAUGAGCUACUGUGUUAGAAGCAGUGAAAAUAAUUACCAAUAUUUAUAUUUUAUUAUCCAGAACAGUAUUUUAUAUACUUUAUAUUUAGUUUCAGAUAUGUCUUGUAUCUUUCCUCAGUUGAUAAUUGUUCAUUAAUCAUUUCUACCUCUUGAGAUCAAUUACAAGUAAAUGACCUGUAAAACAAGAUUGAAAUCUAUUUUAUCUUCAUUUUGGAAUAUAGAUGCAGAGUCUGAUAGUUUUUUUUUAGUACUAAAUUAACAUGAAUGAUAUAGGGAAUGCUAAAUAGUAAAAAAAAAAAAAAAAAGAUCCAACAUAUAAAAAUGUAGUGACAGAAACUGUUAUUAGUUCUAGAUAGACAAAAUAAGCCAGUAACAUAUUUUUAGUGUAAUUUACAUUUCAUGUGUACUUACAAAUAUAUGUUUUAGGAAAUAAGGCUUGAAAGGGGUUGGAAAAAAACUCUUAUGUGGAGGACUUUUCUGAUGGAACAUAAGAUGAAAGAUAAUGAAAUAGAAGAAAGCCCUCCAAACAAAAACAAAACUAGAAAGUUAAUACUAACAUUAUUGCUGGGAUUUUUUUGUCAUAAUGCAUGCUCUUUCAUUUGUUAAACUGGCUCUUUGGAGUAUCAGGUUAUGAAGACAGACCGAACUUUUGUGUAAUGUUUAGCAGCACGUCAAAAGUAGGAAGAAAAUCACUCAUAUAGCACAAAAAUAAUUCUUAAAGGGCUUUAUGUCAUACAUACUGACUAAUAAAUAGCCUCCUUACUCUUACUAAUGAUUGCCAGAAAUUGUUCUUUAUGGGUAUAAAAAUAUCAGAAAUUUAAAAAUUCCUAAUAAUAUAUUCUGAUGCACUACUUUGCAAAAGUUUUAAAAUAAAAUAUAAGAUUAUUUAAACAAA